GUUUCGAGAGCGUGAGGAGCAAAACAACAUGACGAGAGAUAGCGCAACUCCUGAAUACUGAAACUAAUUCAACUCUGGAGGUUGACAACAACAUUCCUGUAAAAAUAAGUAAAUAUUAACAGCGUAGCAAACCGCGCACAGUGGGAGUCAGUCAGCGGACGUUAGCCGAGCUGUCAGCCGGUGAGGAGCAGCAGCAUGUCGGUGCACUUCGAGGAGAGGAGCGGGGUGGUCCCCUGCAAGACACCCUGGGGCUGCUGGUACCAGACCAUGGAGGAGGUUUUCAUCGAAGUCAAUGUGCCUCAUGGGACGUCUGCUAAAGAAGUGAAGUGUCGGUUGGGAUCCCGAGACAUCGAGCUGCAUGUGAAAGGGAAGGAAGUGUUCAAGGGAAAGCUGUUUGACACAACUAUGUCUGAUGAGGCCACAUGGACACUGGAGGACAAAUGUCUCAUCCGGAUCAUUCUGAUGAAGACUAACAGAGAGGCAGGGAACUGCUGGUCCUCCCUUCUGGAGGGGGACUACUGUGCGAACGCCUGGGUCCAGGACCAGAUGCAGAGGAAGCUCACACUGGAGAGAUUCCAGCGGGAGAAUCCUGGAUUUGACUUCAGCGGUGCAGAGAUAUCUGGGAAUUUUGCUGGCGGUGGUCCGGACUUUUCAAGUUUACAGAAGUGACCAAUGUCAUAAUGCUAAAAACCUGUCACAUGCUGGUGGUGUCACCUCUGCCCAAUGAACACUACCGAGGACAUCCAUGGAGGAGCAGUGGGUUAAUCACAGCUCCGAAGAGAAAAGGUUUUGCCUUCAGAACUCAAAUACUGGGUGACCUGCAAGACUUUACUGUUCUCAGCAGCCCCUUUCAUCUGGCUUGUUUUGGCCUGAUUUGGCAAGUUUUAAGGCCCAAU